UAUAAAGCUCGACCAAAUUUCAAAAAGUCAAGAGGAUUUGAAGGCGAUGCUUAUUAAACAAAAGAACAAAAGUGAUAAAAUUUUUUUAAGAUUUGAGAAGCAACAAGUCAAUACAAAGAUUGGAAUCGUUAAAAAUAGUGGUAAAGAUAAAGGAAA